AUGGCUGCAUCGGAAGCUGUUGCACCGGAAACUGCGUCAGAGGCUGCACCGGAAACUGCUGCAUUGGAAGUCGCUGCAUCGGAGGCUGGUGCAUCGGAGGUUGGUGCAUCGGAGGUUGAUGCAUCGGAGGUUGGUGCAUCGGAGGUUGGUGCAUCGGAGGUUGGUGCAUCGGAGGUUGGUGCAUCGGAGGUUGGUGCAUCGGAGGUUGGUGCAUCGGAGGUUGGUGCAUCGGAGGUUAGUGCAUCGGAGGUUGGUGCAUCGGAGAUUGCUGCAUCAGAAGCUGUUGCACUUGAGUCUGCUGAAUCGAAGACCGCUGUAGUGGAGGCUGCUGCACUGGAGGCUGCUGCACUGGAGACUACUGCACUGGAGGCUGCUGUACUGGACGCUGCUGCACUGGAGGCUGCUGCACUGGAGGCUGCUGCACUUGAGGCUGCUACACUAGAGGCUGCUGCACUGUACGCUGCUGCACUGGAGGCUGUUGCACUGGAGGCUGCUGCACUUGAGGCUGCUGCACUGGAGACUGCUGCACUGGAGGCUGCUGCACUUGAGGCUGCUGCACUGGAGACUGCUGCACUUGAGGCUGCUGCACUGUACGCUGCUGCACUGAAGGCUGCUGCACUGGAGGCUGCUGCACUUGAGGCUGCUGCACUGGAGACUGCUGCACUUGAGACUGCUGCACUGGAGGCUGCUGCACUGGAGGCUGCUGCACUGGAGGCUGCUGCACUUGAGGCUGCUGCACUUGAGGCUGCUGCACUUGAGGCUGCUGCACUUGAGGCUGCUGCACUGUACGCUGCUGCACUGGAGGCUGCUGCACUGGAGGCUGCUGCACUGGAGGCUGCUGCACUUGAGGUUGCUGCACUGGAGACUGCUGCACUUGAGACUGCUGCACUGGAGGCUGCUGCACUGGAGACUGCUGCACUUGAGGCUGCUGCACUGUACGCUACUGCACUGAAGGCUGCUGCACUGGAGGCUGCUGCACUUGCGGCUGCUGCACUGGAGACUGCUGCACUGGAGGCUGCUGCACUGGAGGCUGCUGCACUGGAGGCUGCUGCACUGGAGGCUGCUGCACUGGAGGCUGCUGCACUGGAGGCUGCUGCACUGUACGCUGCUGCACUGGAGGCUGCUGCACUGGAGGCUGCUGCACUUGAGGCUGCUGCACUUGAGGCUGCUGCACUGGAGACUGCUGCACUGGAAGCUGCUGCACUUGAGGCUGCUGCACUGGAGACUGCUGCACUGGAGGCUGCUGCACUUGAGGCUGCUGCACUGGAGACUGCUGCACUGGAGACUGCUGCACUGGAGGCUGCUGCACUGGAGGCUGCUGCACUGGAGGCUGCUGCACUGGAGGCUGCUGCACUGGAGGCUGCUGCACUUAAGGCUGCUGCACUGUACGCUGCUGCACUGGAGGCUGCUGCACUUGAGGCUGCUGCACUGGAGACUGCUGCACUGGAGGCUGCUGCACUUGAGGCUGCUGCACUGGAGACUGCUGCACUGGAGGCUGCUGCACUGGAGGCCGCUGCACUUGAGGCUGCUGCACUGGAGACUGCUGCACUGGAGGCUGCUGCACUGGAGGCUGCUGCACUGGAGGCUGCUGCACUUGAGGUUGCUGCACUAGAGGCUGCUGCACUGGAGGCUGCUGCACUGUACGCUGCUGCACUGGAGUCUGCUGCACUGGAGGUUGCUGCACUGGAGGCUGACGCACCGAAGAUUGUAGGGGUGCAUAUUGGGCUAUCGUCAGAGGGAAAGGUGUACUUUGUCUAA